UCUACAAGAACAGUAUUUUAAUAAAGUGUUUAUAAAUAAUUUAUGAUUUUUUUGGAUCAUUGCACAUCACAGCAAAUUACAAUUCAAAUAUGACUGAAAGCACUAAUAUAUUUGAAGGUACUUCACCACAACUAAUCGCCGUAUUAACAGGUACAUUGACUGCAAUUAGUGAUGGAAUGCAAUAUGGUUGGACGGCACCAGUAAUACCAAUACUAAGAGGACCCAAUUCACCUGUUGAAGUAACAGAACAACAGGCGGAAUGGUUGGAACAUCUUCUAAUGAUCGGUUCGUUUUGUGGACUGUGGCUUACGAUGUACUUUGUAGACAAAAUAGGCAGGAAAAAAUCCAUAUUGUUAGCAUCGUUUGUUACCACGUGUGUUUGGAUAGUCAUUGCAGUUGCUCCGCAAGUUGAAUACAUUUUUGUAGCCAGAGUAUUCGCUGGUGCGGCUAGUAACAUGGCGUUCGUCGCUACUCCUAUGUACAUAGCAGAAAUAGCCGAGCAAAAAAUUCGGGGUUUCCUUAGCAGUUUGGUUUAUUUGAUGAUGUUAAUUGGAAUCCUGCUCAUAUAUGCAGUAGCGCCGUAUAUUCCUUUCUACGGUCAUUGCGUCAUGGGCGCUCUUCUCGCCUUCCUUCAAUUUUGCAUUUUCCCAUUUAUGCCGGAAAGUCCGUACUAUCUGCUUUACAGAGAACACCCAGACGAAGCUAAAAACUCGUUGAGAAGACUCAGAAGCCACGAAACGAACAUCGAUAAGGAAUUCAAUGAAAUAAAGGGCGCCGUUGCCAGGCAAAAGGAAGAACAGGCGAAAUUGAAGGCGUACGGAAUGACCUUAGCAGAUGCAAUGUACGUUACUGCAAGCUUGUUGUCACUGCAAAUUUAUCAAAGAUUGACCACUUUUGGUUUGCACUAUCCAUUUUAUAUCUUCAGUGCUUGUUGUUACAUUGGCGCAGUUUUCACUUAUUUUUUCAUUCCGGAAACUAAAGGUAAAACGUUAGAACAAAUUCAAAUGAUACUUAAGGGUAGACCAAUUGAAGAAGCGGGAAGAAUUGAUACUUGA